GUUGUUUGUAUGAAAGAAAACAUGUCUAAAGCCUAUGGAGGUUUCCGUAAAGGUUUUCAUCAUGUUAAAAAUAUCCCAAUUUCAAGUAAAUAUCAUCACGAGCUAUUAUUUCUUAUUUAUGAUCUCCUCACUCUCGGAAUGCAAGUCGGCAACAGCACAGUAGCUUCUAAAGACAUACUGGCAAAGAAAGACAAUAUGGACUUAAAAAGUUAUUUCCAUGAAACGUGUGAAGCUCUGUGUUCGAAACUCUCAACUUUACAACUCUGUCUGGGAUUCAAACAGUCACCCGUAAAAGACGACGCUAGUGAGGACCUUGCCAGCAAUUUGGAGUCUGUUGUGGCUGCACUCCAAGAUUUGAAAGAUUGUAUCUUGGAAAUGAGUAACCUAUCUACUGACGAAGUUGUCGAUUCCAACCAGCAGAGAGAGCUGGAAAAACAACUCGUUGACGUCAAGGUCUUACUUGCCAUAGCCUUGAGUAGAAAGGAAGAGUUGUGUUUGUGUUUGUCAGGUUUGAAGAAAAGACAGAGCCAGGAUGGAAAGAGUAUUGGUAAUACUAGUAGUUGGCAAGUUUUCGGUUCCUUUAAGGGCAUGAAUACAGAAAAUCAGUUAAAAGACGACUUUUCUAGAAGAACGAAACUUGCGGAAGACAGAGUUAUGGCUGCACGUGAAGCAGUGAACCGUACCAGAGCGCAUUUGGAAGAGCUUCAGAAAGCGUUAUGCAAAGAGCAAGAAAGAACAAAAGAACUUAUGAAAUGUCUCGAUGAUUUCGAAGAAAGAUGGUGAUUUAGAGACGACACAUACUACUUAUAAUUAAACAUUGUGAAGAAUAUGUGUCGUAAAGCCUUGCUUCAGGCAUUGCAGCUAUAUUUGCAUUUUUGAUGGAGUAUUUUGAGUGAAACAGAUAUUUUCAUGAUGUCAAAUCCUUUAUAUAGUGGUUUUUUGACUCUAUUGCCCUGCUCGUCUUGGUUGUAUCAUGUUCGUAUCCUACAUAUUCUCAAAAUAGAAGAGACUUUGUUGGGAAUCGACUGUCAAAGGGCUUUCAGAUAAUCAAGAAUAAUCUUUUCUUAUUCUUUUAUAUAUUGUUUACCUCUAUCGUUUUUUCAUGGUAUUUCAUUUAAGCGUAUACAGAACCGCUAUAUGUAUGAAAACCAUAACCAGCAGUAAUAACAUGUACCCCUGAGGUGCUAUUUCUCCUAGUUGCUGUAUACUUUUGUCUGCAUUAGUCCUUUCAAAGUUAUUAUUUAUUAAAAAUACUCUCCAAUUAUUUGCAAAAGUAUAGCUAGUUUGAAAAAAUUCCAAUUAUUCUUGCAUGGUGUUAACCAAGUCUUGGCCUCUUUUAACGUCAUAGAGUUGUUUUGAAGGGUACACAAACUUCGAUAUCUGGUUAAGCAGAAAAGACCCAAGUAUAUUCGUUGCUUUUAUACCAUAGACACUGUACGAGUAUUUCGAAUAUAACAUAUUAGAGGUAGUUUUGCGAGAAA